AGCACUUGAUAAAAGUGAGGUUAUUCACCUCAAGUUGUGAAAGAUUUAAUUGCUAUAAAUAGCUGUGAAUGAACAGGGUAGCUGUAACGUUCAUAACAAUUUAACAAAUUGUUGCAAUUUUAUCGUGGAUUGAUUACUCCGGUUCAUUACUAAAUAACCAAUUGAAUCUUUCGCAAGUUUAGUAUUACGCUUUGACUUUUUAGCAAACAUAGGUUAUGUUUUUCAAAAAUAAAUGUGGACUGCGUCUUCUCGAUCUUAAGAUUAUAAGAGUAUAUCUUAUAAAUCACAUUUCAGAAUACAUUUAUAUAAUUGUCUGAAAUUAUAAAUUAUAGCUCAAUACUUAACACAGGAAGUGGAUGGACCUUGACCUCUAAUAAAAAUCUUGUACUUAUAACAGCUAGGUUCAGUUAUGUGAUACAUUGUGAAAAAUUAUUUUAAUCAGCUAAAAGUCUCAAAUGUUCGGUUUAUACUAUAAAGUACCAAGUGUGAUUAUACAAUUGACAGUAAAAAGUAUAGCAUGAGACAGACCACAACUUAUUCAGGAAAGUUAUCAGGGAAAUGGCUGAAAUAAAAAACAAACACCCAAUUAAAACCCAAAUUCACCAUCUUUAGCCUUUUAUCACAAAAUUGUUUAUAAUUUGGCUGAGCACAACUGUGAAAUAAACAAUCCAAACAUUUGUCCACAAAUAAAUGUGACUAUGGAGUCAUACAGGAUGGAAAAGGUCCUGUCAGGGGUAGAGAUGGCAGUCGGUGGGCCAAGAUCAUCACUCUGCCUGCUAACCCUCAUAAUUAUCAUUACAUUCACCAGUAUUAAUGCACAAGCUCCAUGGGACAGACAACAAAGCUUUUCAAAAGGUCACCAGAGGCAUUCACCUUGUGAGAGGAGUUCGUGUUAUCCAGCAACAGGAAACCUGCUGAUUGGUCGAGAGAAUAGACUCUCUGCGUCGUCAACAUGUGGUUUAAAAGGACACAGGGAACGCUACUGUAUUGUGUCACAUUUAGAAGAGAGGAAGAAGUGUUUUUGGUGCGAUUCAAGUUCUCAGGCAAGCACGCAAUCAGCUCUCAGCCACAGAAUUGAGAAUAUUGUAUACAGGAUGAACCCAUGGACAAACAAACCGACAUGGUGGCAGUCAGAGAACGGAGUAGAAAAUGUCACCAUUCAAUUAGACUUGGAGGCUGAAUUUCAUUUUACACAUCUCAUAAUAACUUUCAAAACAUUCCGUCCAGCAGCGAUGUUAAUUGAACGUUCAUACGACUUUGGAAAAACAUGGCAGGUCUAUAGAUAUUUUGCCCAUGACUGUGAUACCUCUUUUCCUGGAGUUUCCAAGGAACCACAAAGAACUUUAACAGAUGUGGUUUGUGACACAAGGUAUUCCUCAGUGGCCCCUUCUACAGAAGGAGAGAUUAUAAUGCGAGUGUUAGCACCAAAUUUACAAAACUUGUACAAUGAUCUGUAUUCACAAGAGGUGCAAAAUCUGUUAAAAAUGACAAAUUUGAGGAUAAAUUUUACAAAACUUCACACAUUGGGUGAUGACCUACUGGAUGAUAGACAAGAAAUUCAGGAAAAGUAUUACUAUGCUAUCUACGAGAUGGUGGUGCGAGGUUCGUGUUCUUGUUAUGGACAUGCGUCUCGUUGUCUCCCUCAAGAGGGUGUUGCGUCCAAGGCAGACAUGGUUCAUGGUCAGUGUGAAUGCACUCACAACACUAAAGGAUUAAACUGUGAACAAUGUGAAGAUUUCUACAAUGACCUACCUUGGAAACCUGCAGGAAAAGAAACCAAUGCUUGUAGACGAUGUAACUGCAACAACCAUGCAACUAGUUGUCACUUUGACGCAGCAGUGUUUGAGCUGACUGGUCGUGUGAGUGGUGGUGUGUGUGAUGGUUGCCAACACAACACCAUGGGACGAAACUGUGAACAAUGCAAGCAGUUUUUCUACAGGGAACCUAGUCUGGAAUUCUCUGAUCCCAACGUUUGCCAGCCAUGCAACUGUGACCCUGGUGGUUCUCUGGACGAGGGCAUCUGUGACUCAUAUACCGAUGAGGCCAGUGAUUUGGUGUCAGGGCGAUGUCACUGCAAAGCCAAUGUGGAGGGCCGCCGCUGUGAUACCUGUAAAAAUGGCUACUGGAAUUUUGAUGAGUACAAUCCAGAUGGCUGCCAACCUUGCACCUGUAACACUCUGGGGACAAUCAACAAUGAGGGCUGCAACCAAGUAACUGGUGAAUGUACAUGCAAACGCUAUGUGGUUGGACGAGACUGCAACCAAUGUCUGCCGGAGUACUAUGACCUCUCGGACUCACAGGACGGCUGCAAGCCAUGUGAAUGUGAUUUGGGCGGAGCCUUUGACAACAACUGUGAUGUCAUCAAUGGCCAGUGCAGGUGUCGGCCACAUUUGACAGGACGCAGUUGUAGCACCCCAGACCAAAGCUUCUUUGUUGCCCAGAUUGACCAUCUGACACUAGAAGCUGAGGCAGCCAACUGUAGCUCUAAUUGUCAAGUGGAAAUUAGAGAACCGUAUCGUGAUGGCCAAGAAACUACUUGGACAGGUCCUGGUUUCAUGUUGGCUCGACCAGGCUCAGAUCUUGAGUUCAUUGUGGACAACAUAAAGACAUCAAUGGAGUAUGACAUUGUUAUACGAUAUGAGCCCAAGAUUGCUGGAGACUGGAGACAGGUGGAAGUGACAAUAGAACGGCCAUCCCCUGUUGACCCUAAUGGACCGUGCGCGAAUGCUAGACCUCAAGAUGACUACAAGCCUGUUUCAUUAUCAUCUGAUGCUCGUUAUAUAGCAAUACCACCGACUUGUCUUGAAGCAGGCAAAACCUACAAGAUCAAACUUAUGUUUAAGCCGGACCCUCCUCAACCUUCCUCACCAACAGCAUCAAUUCUUGUCGAUUCUAUUGUAUUGCUCCCGAGUUUGGAAAGUAUUCCCUUCUUUGUGGGAAGUCCUAUCGCAGACAAUCGCAAGAAAGAAUAUAUGCACUACCAGUGUGGCACUGCAUUUUUCACUGUAAUCAAAGGCCCCGUGUCUGACAUAUGCAAAAAAUACCAUUAUAGCAUUGGCUACUAUGUAUAUGGAGGAGCAUUUUCGUGCAGUUGUGACCCUACGGGCUCUCUGAGCAGCCUAUGUGACCCAAUGGGUGGUCGAUGUCAAUGUAAGCCCAAUGUGGUGGGGCGCAGGUGUGAUCGGUGUGCUCCUGGAACCUACGGAUUUGGACCAGAAGGCUGUAAAGCGUGUGACUGCAAUUCGGUUGGAGCUCUGGACAACUUUUGUGAUGUAAGCAGUGGACAAUGCAAGUGCCAAGCGCAAACUUAUGGGCGGGCCUGUGAUCAGUGCCAGCCCGGCUCCUGGAACUAUCCCAAGUGCCAGCGAUGUCAGUGUAAUGGCCAUGCCGACACCUGUAACUCUGCCACAGGAGCAUGUGACAGCUGCCGUGAUUUUACUGUUGGCCACAAUUGUGACAGGUGUAUAGAGGGAUACUACGGUGAUCCCAGCUUGGCGGGAGAUAUUCCAUGUCGUCCAUGUCCUUGCCCCGGGACUCUCGAGUCAGGCCAUUCCUAUGCCGACCACUGUGAACUGGAUCCUCAGUCUCAAGACGUAGUCUGCGAGUGCGAUGAAGGCUAUGCUGGGUCAAGAUGUGAUGUGUGUGCCGAUAACUACUACGGAAACCCUGAGCAGGUUGGAGGCAGUUGUAACUUGUGUAACUGUAGCAACAACAUGGACAUAUCACGGCCUGGCAAUUGUGACCCUCACUCUGGCAAAUGUCUGCAGUGUCUCUUCAAUACUGAAGGGUUUAAUUGUGAACGCUGUAAAGAAAAUUAUUUUGGUGACGCUAUCAACCAGCUUUGCACAGAAUGCGUUUGCAGUAUUCUGGGGACGAACAAUUCAGCAGGACCAUGUGAUGGGAUCACAGGUCAGUGUCCAUGCCUGCCCAAUGUAAUUGGAGCCGAAUGUGAUGCCUGUAAAGAGAACCACUGGAAGAUUGCCAGCGGCAUGGGUUGUGAGGCAUGUGACUGUGAUCCUAACGGGUCAUACUCUGACCAAUGCAAUCAGUAUGACGGGCAGUGUCAAUGCAAGUCAGGCUUCGGAGGGCGACAGUGCAAUCAGUGCCAGACCAACCACUGGGGAGAUCCUAAUGUUGAGUGCAAACCUUGUGAGUGUAACCCAGAGGGAUCAGCUACACUACAGUGUAACCGUGACAAUGGUUCCUGCAUUUGCCUCCAGGGCAUAGGUGGCUACAACUGUGACGUAUGUGCUCGUGGUUACCUUGGAUCUGCCCCAAAUUGCAGUCCUUGUGGAGAAUGUUUUGACAACUGGGAUGCCAUCCUCAACAAUCUAUCAGAGGAAACGGAUAAGGUGAUUCAAGCCGCUCGUGAAAUAAAGCGAACCGGAGCUACUGGUGCCUAUACUCAAGAAUUUGACAUAAUGGAGAAAGAACUGAAGGAUGUGAAACAACUUCUGCAGAAUACCACCAAAAGUACCAUAGAUCUUGGUCAUAUUGAUACUUACAUUGAUAAGCUGAGAGUAGGCCUAAAGGAAUCUCACGACAGUCUAAAUGGAGUGGGAAAAGAACUGGAGAACGCAACUCAGCGGAUAUAUUUGUCAAACCUGGCUCUAGCAGACUUGCGUGUUAAAGUUAAUGUACUCAAGGAAACUGCCUCUGCACUCAAAGCUAAUGCCACUCAUCUUCAAGAGAGUAAUGUUGAAGGUGCCUUGAACCUGACUCGGGAGGCUGCAGAUCAUUCUCACCAGAUUCAGGCCAAGGGCUCGGAGACACAAGAUGAGAUAGCCAAGGCUGAGCGUCAGUGCAAACGAACCGAGGCACUUGUGGGCCGCACUUCCACCCAAUUCACCCAAGGUCAACAGGACAACUCUCGAGCUGUUGACAAACUGGACCAAGAGCUCACCCAGCUGGAACGCAACAUUCCUGAGCUCAACAAUCAGGUAUGCCACAAGAUGGGGGAUCCAUGUGACCAGUUGUGUGGUGGAGCAGGCUGUGGCUUCUGCGGUGGCAUCUCCUGUGAAGAUGGAGCGUACACCAAGUCUAGCAAAGCUUUCAGUUUCGCCACUGAUGCCGAAAAUAAGAUCUAUGAAAAGGAAGCUAAAGCAGAGGAGCUUUUUAGAGGUAUAUCUCAAGCUAAGCAGGAGACAUCUUCAGCUAAAGAUGUUGCCUCAGAAGCAUUAUUAGCAGCAAGUGUUGCCCAGAAUCGCUCUGAGACCUCAGUACAACAGAGUUCAGACCUGAUAAAGCGAUUACAAGGUUUUCUGACGACGGACGGUGCCACAGCUCUUGAAAUACAGAACUUAGCGUCACAGGCACAACAGAAGAAUAUCCAGCUUCAGCCAGAGCAAAUAACAGAAUUGGCUAAAAACAUAAAUACAACUAUUGCCUCUCUGACUGACAUCAACACGAUUCUCGCAGAUACAGCAGAGGACCUACAGCUUGCACAGGAGUCAAAGGAUCAGGCAGACAGAGCCAAAGCGGAAGCUGAAAAUAUACUGACCACAGCGCAAACAUUUUUGGAUACAUUAGAGGAGGCAGAAGAAAUUCAAGAAAAGAUUAAAACUGCUGUAGAUACUGCAAAUUCUAAUAUAGAACAAGCAAAGAUUGAUUUGACUCAAAUCACAAGUGAGACUGGAGAGGCUCAGCAGAAAGCCAAUGAAACCGUAACAGAAGUAAACCAACUUCAAGAACAGGUGAAAACUCUACAGACAGGAUUUUUAAAGAAUGGAAAGGAUGCGCAAGAAGUAAAAGCAGAGGCGGAGAGUAUGACAGAGGAAGUGAAGCAAGCUAAAGAUCGAGCUCGAGAGAUGCAGUCUGAGUAUAACCUUGCAGUAAAUACAUUACGUGAACACUCCGAUGAUUCACUACUAGCUCAGACGCGAGCUCAGAAACUGCUCGAAAAGGCUAGUCAGCUCUCGCUCAACACAACUGACAAACUGAAACAACUCAAAGAUGCAGAAACACAGUAUCGUGAGCAGAAAAAUGAGCUGACAUCACUAACAGAUGCCAUCAAGAAAUUAAAUGAACGGAUGGGCGUGUAUCUCAUCGACAUUAACAAAAAGAGUGUAACCUACAGAAAUUGUCUAAACUAGACAUUAUUAUCAGAUAAUGAUUUGUGAUUCCGUUUAUAAACAAAAAGGAUAUUUUUUAGAGUAUAAACUGUAUUCCAAGGCAUGAUGAAACUAGGCAAAAAUAGAGUAAAUAAGUUGCUUUAUUCUGAAUUUGGUUGAUGGUGCUGUGUCUAAAGACCUCAUGUAUCAGAUGAAACUAUUCAUAUAGUUGUUAUGAAGGAUCCAAAUACUAAAAGGUUACAAGGAUUUGGCUUUAUUACUUAUGCUCAUCAUUAUAUUACUUAUUAUAAAUGCAAAACUCCUUUACACACCACUUUCUUUGUUAAGAGGAACACUAAUAUUGAUGAUAUUUCCAUACUCUCCAUACUCUUCUAUUUAAAUUACCCACCUUUAUGUUCAUUACCCACCAACAAAUACAUUAACUUCUUCACAGAAGCUCCCACUUCUGGAUUUCCAAUUUCCGUUCUUGUAAUUGCUCAAUUGAAAAUUACUUUAUUUGUUCAGUAUACACACAAAUGUACAUGAAUAGUGUCAAGAUUUUAAAUUUAGCUCUAUAAGAUAAGAUACAAGAAUACAUACACAAAUAAAAGAUAUAUAUGUCAUAAAAACAGAGAAAGUUAAAAUAUUAAUACAAUUAAACCGUUUUGGCCCCAAAAUUAUGGGCUAACUCACUUAUAUAAUUACUUUGUUACAAUUCAUUAGAGAAUAUGGCCUUGUUAAUAAGAAACUUUUUAAAUUCUAUUUUUAAUUUAUUACACGUGGCCUCUGAUUUAAUUUCCGUUGGAAGUUUGUUCCAAAUUUCAAUCUGAUUUAGUUUCCAUUGGAGUGUGUUCCAAAUUUUGAUCCAACGUACUUAUGUUUCUUUUUAAAAAGUUAUAAGAUGUGGUGGCUUAUUACUACAUUAUUAAAAUUUCUUUUGAAUCUCCUUCCAUUUCUAGUUCCUGAACUUUUCCUUUGAUUGACAAAAUUGUUUGCUAUUCUUUAACUGAUGUUCUACUACUAUGAAGAUUGAAAACGAUUCUAAAGGCUUUUUGCAUUUUGAGAAUAUGUACAAAAAAUAAAUUGGCUUCAAGGUUCCUUUUUUGCACUGGUGUAAAUUCUUAUUGAUAUGGCAUUUGAAAAAAUUGCCAUUGAAUAUCUUGCAAACUUGUGAAGGUUCUGAACACAUUGCAUCAUCAACUUUUAGUUAUGUUUCGAAUUUUUGCCUAGCUUGUCUCUACUUCAUUUUCCAAGAGGUUCUGUUUACAUUAGUUGGUUUGGUAAUCUUUGUUUGAUAAUAUUAUUUUCAAGAGAAGAUGCGGCUUUUCUUAACUGUUAGUUCAUUUUUCUAACUUCCUUUGAUAUAACUUUAUUGUUAAACUCUCGAACUAUACUGCUAAAUUUAAUUAUUUUGCUGUUUUUCAGCUCAUAAUAAAAACAUAAUAGAUUGUUUCAUUGUUUUGACAGAAUUUUGGGAAAACAAGAAUUGGAACUAUGCAUAAAAAUGUUAUAGAAAGUAUCAUAUUUGACUUCAAAUGGUAAUAAAUAAAGCUCCAGCAAUGUUUCAGAUUACACAGUUUUGAUAAACUGUUCGACAUUACAGUCAUCGUGAUCGGACAGUUGAGUGUUAACAUUUAAUACAGUAUUUAUAAUUUUUCUAAAAUAGUGAAAAUAUUAUGUAUAGCAGAUUCUGAAUAUUCUGUAAGUUUGGAAGUCAACCAGUGAACAAAAUCCGUUGGUGAUUACAAUAUGCACUGUUAACUAUUUCUGUUACAGUUUCAGUUUGUUACUCUUUAUUGAAAUUAACAUCAAGUACAGUCAUGGCAUCAACAAUACAAGACAAAUCUUCAAGAAUUAGGGAUAGUUGCUGUAAGAACAUUACAAAGGUCAGAAUUUUACAUUUAUAAAAUGUAAGAAGUUUUGUAUUCCUGCAGAGUGUAUGAUGGAUGAUUCGUCAACCAUUUCUUGAGCCUCCAAUGGAGGUCCUUUUCUGUGAGUCUUCUGAGGUCCUGUCGCAGUAGAUUUUACAGUUUGCAGCGCAUGUAUGGGUUUUGCCUUACAGACAUGUGCGGCGUACAGAAAAGGCAAAGUUUGACCAAUGUGUGGUGUUAUAAUUGUAGAGAUUUUCACCUCUGGAUAUAUCUGUCUUUGUUGUUUUAAGUAUGGCAGCUGAGACAUGAGCAACAACUGUCAUGAUUCUAUUUAUGUUAUUAAUGUCCAGAGUAUCAAUGUUAAUGUCUUCCUUAAAAACAACAUGUUUGUAUUUUGAAUUUAUUUUUACAAGCAAAUUAUUAAAUCUUGUAAUAAAUUCGGGUUUGUUUUGUUUAA